AUGGUCAACGUCGGACACACCGCCGACCCCAUCGUCACUCGCCUCGUCGAGGAGGACAAGGUGCCAUGGUACAAGAAGCGCAACAUGCGCAUCAUGUACGUGUGGCUCUUCCUGUGCUGCAUGGGCGUCGAGAUGACCUCGGGUUUCGACUCGCAGCUCAUCAACACGCUGCAGUUCGCCCAACCCUUCCACAAGUAUAUGGGUGGCGGUCGCAAGAAUGCCAAGGACGAAUAUGCCGUUGAGCCUGGCCUACUUGGCUUCGUCAACUCGUGCUACCAGCUCGGUUCCAUCUUCGCUAUCCCCAUCGCCCCUUGGUUCGCUGAGAAGUACGGCCGCAGGUGGUCCAUCAUGCUUGGAUCCCUGAUCAUGGUCGUCGGUGCCCUCCUCCAAGGCUUUGCCCAGCAUGUCGGCAUGUACAUCGUUGCCCGCAUGAUCCUGGGUAUGGGUAUUCUGUUCUGCAUCAUCUCGGGUUCCGCCCUCAUCGGAGAGCUGGGCUACCCCAAGGAGCGUGCCGUCCUGACCUCCAUGUUCAACUCGUCCUACUUUAUUGGGCAGAUCCUGGCUUCGGCUAUUGCCCUGGGCACCACCGACAUAAAAUCUGACUGGGCAUGGCGUCUGCCUUCGCUUCUUCAGAUCUGCCCUUCAUUGUUGCAGAUUUGCACCGUCUUCCUUCUGCCGGAAUCGCCUCGUUUCCUGGUCUCCAAGGACCGUGAGGAGGAGGCCGCCGCCAUCUUGGUCAAGUAUCACGCCGAGGGCGACCCCAACUCGCUUAUGGUCCAGGCCGAGAUUGCCCAGAUCCGCGAGACCAUCCGCGUUGAGAUGGAGCUGUCCAAGCAGUCCUGGCUGGACCUCAUCAGGACAGCAGCCAUGCGCCGCCGCGUCCUCAUCACCGCCUUCAUCGGCCUCUUCACCCAGCUGUCCGGCAACACCCUGCUGAGCUACUACUCGAGCGUCCUCUUCAGCAUGAUGGGCUACACGACCACGUACGCCAAGACGCGGAUCAACCUCGCCAACGCCUGCUGGAGCUUCCUGACCGCCACCACCGCCGCGCUCAUCAUCACGCGCUUCCCCCGCCGCCGCAUGUUCAUGACCUCGGCCCUGCUCAUGUGCACCGUCUUCAUCGCCAUGACCGUCUCCCUUGAGCGCCUGCAGGCCGCCGAGGACGCCGGCGUCAAGAACAAGGCCGCGGGCAUCUCGGCCCUGUUCUGGUACUUUGCCUACUCGCCGACCUACAACAUCGGCAACAACGCCCUGACCUACACCUACCUCAUCGAGAUCUGGCCCUACGCCAUGCGCUCGCGCGGCAUCGGCACCCAGCAGAUCUUUGGCAAGCUCGCCGGCUUCUUCUCGACCAACGUCAACUCGAUCGCCCUCGACGCCAUCAAGUGGCGCUACCUGGCCAUCUACUGCGGCUGGAUCUUCUUUGAGUUCUGCAUCGUCUACACCAUCUACCCCGAGACGUACAACCGCACCCUCGAGGAGCUUGCCUUUUUGUUCGAGGACAACUCGCUCAACGAGAAGACCACCGCCGCCGUCGAGAAGCGCAUCAACCUCGGAGAGGCCGAGGGCAACACCACAGAGGGCCACGUUACCGACAUUUACGAGGCCAAGCAGCCCAAGGAUCUGGUCUAA